AGUCCUGGGACAGCUUCACUCUCUCCACGUUGGCAUGAGUUUGGAAAUGAAUUGUGACGAUCUCAAAGUCAAGACGAUGAAGGACCAGCCUGAGCAGAAGCUAAAUGCAAGGAAAGCAAGAGGCCCUCCUUUUCUUUCUUCGCCAUGGUGGUGCCUCACAACGGUGACUCUCGGGAUCCUUUGCCUGGGAUUACUGGUGACUCUCAUAAUUCAGAAAAUGCAAUUAUCCCAGGUAUCUGAUCUUCUAAAGCAACAGCAAGAAAACAUUACUCACCAGGAAAAUAUACUGGAGGGACAGAUGUUAGCUCAGCAGCAAGCAGAAGAAGCAUCCCAGGAAUCACAAAAGGAACUCAAAGAUAUCAUAAAAGUUCUUGCUGACAAACUGGAUGAAAAGUCCAUGAAGCUGACAGAAGUUCAAAAUCUGAAUCUGAAUCUCCAAGAAGCUUUGAAGAGAGCAGCAAAUUUCUCAGGUCCUUGUCCAGAAUACUGGCUCUGGCAUGGAGAAAAUUGCUACUUAUUGUCCUCUAGCACCUUUAACUGGGAAAAGAGCAAAGAGAAUUGCUUGUCUUUGAAUGCCCAUUUGCUGAAAAUUAAUAACACAAGUGAUCUGGAAUUUAUCCAGAAAGCCAGCGCUCAUUCCAGUUUCCCAUUCUGGAUGGGGUUGUCUCACAAGAAACCCAGCAACUCGUGGUCAUGGGAGGAUGGCUCCCCUUGGAUGCCUGGUGUGUUUAGACUCCAGGGCGCUGUGUCCAAGACGUACUCAGCAGGCACCUGUGCGUACAUCCAACGGGGCAUUGUUUACGCUGACAACUGCAUUUUAGUUGCAUUCAGUGUAUGUCAGAAGAAGGCCAAUCUACUGAGAGUACUUUCAACUUGAAGACGCUGAAGGGAGAGAAGGUCUUCAAAUGCUAUUACAGAAAUGAAGCUAUCCCUCAUCAUUUAGGUGCAAACCCUGAGCGUGCUGAGCCCAGGGUCCUGCUAGUAGCUCGUUGCAGGAUUCAUUAGCAGAGACUUAGGUUCCAACUGCCUGUCACUUUCAUAUCAAAAGUUUGUUAACUUGUUUCAAGCUACCCUGCCCGUCUGCAAUCCCCCGUCUCUUUUCUGUGUUUAUGUCCUUCCGUUAUCCUCUGCACCCACUCUUCACUACCUCAGUGCCACCCUCCUCCCCCGCCUAGAAGUGCACGGAGGAUGGCACAGUGAGAACUUGCCCAACGGCACACAGAGGGAAGGGAAAGAGGAAAUAUGUGUGGGCAAGAGAGUACAUGAAGAAAUGGAAGAGAGGAAAGGCCACACUGAAAUAAAGAAACCCAUGUUAUUAAAUUUCAAAGCCACCGCCCAGAGGUCUUUCUAGUGCAAUGUAAUGGCCAGAUUUACUGUUUACACACAUGACCAUACUCACAGCACCUGCAAAGUUUAGGGGGGGGCAGGCAAUUAGACAAGUAAACCUAGCAUUUUUGGUUGUAUUUUUAGGACACAACUAGAUAAAUGAGUCGACAGCCCACUAUCAUUUCCUGAAUCAGUUAUUCGUUCUUAAUUUUUUCCUCUACCAAAUAAAAUCAGCUUGGAGUUCGUAUAACCUCUCAGAAAAGCAUUUGCAUUAUCUUUCAGAAUCAUGAUCCUGAUGCAAGAAUUAAAACCAAAACAACAACAUAUAUAUUUUUUUCUUUUUCCUGAAAGUACACACUCCUUGUAGCAGAGUUCUUGUCAACUCUUGUUAAGUGCUACUACAAUUCACAGCAGUAGAACAAAGAAUAAAGACACUCAUUUCUAGGAUAAACUGAGCCAGAUAGGAAGAUACCGCAGUACAGAAAACAAUGUAAUUAGAGUUCUCUCUCUUUUCCAUGUUUCCACGCCCUACCCAUCUCCCUUCACAGAAACGCUAAAUAGAGCCUUCCCCCUUUGCUGCACAUAUUCUAGCAGCCAUCUAGUAAAAAAAAAAAUAGCACCACCCCUAGGGAGGCAAGAGAUUUUUAAAAAUAACAUUUUCAUUGAUGUAUGAUUGACAUAUAUAAACCCUCUUGAAAUCAUUACCACAAUCCAGAUGGUAGCACCUUCAUCAGCCCCCAAAGUCUUAUCAUGUUCUUCCUCAACCUCUCCAGACAACCACCGAAGUGCAUUCUGUUUGCAUUUUGUAGAGAUGAAUAAAAAUGGAAUAAUACAAUAAGUA